GCGUACUGCAGGAUGUUUGUUCCCUGGGUUCUUAUCCCAUCCUACAAGGCUUGUGUGUCCUCUAUGUGUUUUGUACGACAGUCACGCUCGACCCAAGGUAAUUCUGAAUCCGAUUUGUACAAACCUGGCAUACAUUUGCUUUGCCGUAUCCAAUUUGGCUGGCCUAACCUUUUAAAAUAUAGCCGUUGUAACAAAUGACUGAGUGUGCGUACACUCGCAGAUAGAUAUUGACCUAACGUGGGAUUACAUUUUGGCCAGGAAAAUCGUAAUAAAUAAAAUACACAUACCACCGCGUAGUUUUAGUAUACAAACAAACAAAACAUCAGCAUGUAUCAAUACAAUUGUUUUUUAAUGAGAUUUUAAAGGCGAUAAUUAGCCUCCUGGGAGACACAGGGAGAUGCUGUGAUGUUUUUUUCCGAAUCAACUCGCUAUUUUUAUUUUACCAGCUAAGGCUCACCGAGCUAUAUUGUUUUUUCAGCGACCUGGCCACAAAUGAUAGCUAGUUCAACGAAGUGGCUUAUCAUGUGGAAAUCUCUUAUAGUCAAGUACUCCAAAUGCAUUUUUCUAAAUGUAGAGGGAAACCCGCAGGACCCAGAGAACAAUCCACACGACCACGGGGAGAACAUGCAACCCGAAAUAUACAGGCGUCAGGUACGGGAUCGAACCCACCACCUCCUGUAUAGCAGGCGAGGUAGUUAACAUCUCGCCACCGUGGCGCCCCAAUUAACAAGUGCAUCAACUUAACUCAUCAAAACGAAUAUCCUAAGUUAGUGUGAACAUGAUGAACACAUUCUUCUGCAUAUGUCAUGUACAAUAUUUAUCUGCUCAAUAUCAACAUGCAUAAUGUGUUUUGGUUAAUAAAAACAUAAAUGGCUUUCGGAAAAUAAAAGAUAAUGUGCUAUAUCAUUCACUAAUGAAUUAUAUAAUACGGAAGAUUGUGAGGUCAACAAUGUAUUGCCUAAGCAGGACAGGUAUUUGGUGGAUGCCGUAAAGCAGAUGUAUUGAAAGCUGGACUGUAAGCAACUAGAAAACAAACGUUUGGCCUUGGGUAUAUGUACAUGCAGAACAUUUAAGCAAUUUUUGAAAGCAAGAUACCACAAGUAACUUUGCAUUUCUCGAUGGGAUACUGCAAAAGAGCAUGGUAAAAAUCAUCUGGAAGAGGAACUGCAUACACUAUGGACGUGUGCAGGAUUGAGUAACGGGGCUGAUUACUGUGACAGAAAUGUAAGUGAGUACGCACAUCUUGGUGAACAGGGGCCAAGAGCUGGAGCCAGACCGACGCGAUAUCGCGAGUCGCCUUGUGGUCUCAUUGGCGGAGUGCUCACCGUGCAAAAUGCGCGGCAGGGAAGUUUGUGGUGGCAUCGGCGAUGUUUGCCAAUCGAUGACCUCCACUUGACCUCGGCUUCCGAGAAAUAUCUUGCAUUGGUGCCGUAACCAUAACCGCAUUUUGUUUUUGUCGCCAGCCAUCGUCCGUCUGCCAGACCACAGAGAUGGCCAUGGCGUGCCCCGAGUGUUCCUUCUGCAGUCACAAGGAGGCGGUGCACAGCCGUCAGUACGGCGUGCGCUCCUACCUGCACUACUUCUACCGCGGCGGACGAUGCGGCGCCGAGUCGGAGGGGGGUGCCUGCGGAAACCCGAGACUCGAGACGGCGCGGGCGGCCGAUGACCAAUGCUCUGACGAGCUGGAGAAGGAAAAUCGCCUGUGCGCAUCCAGCAUGUACAAUGCCGGAGCUGUGACGGGCUGCAUCAUUCUACUCAUCGGGAUCGCAGUGGUGUGCACCGGCUACCUCAUCCCCCCCAAGAUCGAGUCGUUCGGCAAGGGCGACUUCUUCGUGGUGGACAAGCACGCCCUGCGCUUCAACCGCGCGCUGGAGAUGUGCAAGCUGUCCGGCGCCAUCCUGUUCUGCCUGGGUGGAACCUCCCUCGCCCUCGGCAUCGUCCUGUCGGCGUGCUCUGUUCCUCCGCUCGGCGACGACAAAGGCGCUUGGUUCCAGUCCCAGGAGCAAGGGGAAACGAGACACAGCGAUGGCAAAGCGCGCGGUGGCUGGGCCCGUGCUGCUGAGAAGCUGCCGGUAGCGCUGUCCAAGGUGCUGAACGUUCAGCCCUCCGUAAAAACGGGUUGAGUGGCACUGGCGUGGCUGUUCUUGGGAGUGUUUAAAAAUCGGCUUGUCCGAAAACUUAUGAAAAGGGUGUUGACCGAAAUGAGACCUCGAUCGUUUGGUCGUUUUAACAACAGGGCAAUUAUAGGUGAGGUGCUAGAAUCAAGGCAAUACCGUGAAUCGGUGUGAAGACUGGAUGAACAGUGAAAGGUAGAGUUGUACUGUUGGCUGCCCAUGGUGUGACAGGCAGUGAGGCAGUUGUGACUGAAUAUCUGCGGAUUAUUUUUGUCGGUAGAAUGCAGUUGAUUGGGUAGUUAUUCACCAUUAUGUCAAAUGAUUCCGUGCAGAGAUGUACAUCUAUCUUUUGCAGCAGCAUCCUGGAUAUAUUAAAUUAAUAAUCUGUUAUUUUGUAGUUGCAGUGAUAGGAGACAAUACAUGAUUUUAGAAAACACUGUCGCUCUCGUGGUUUUGGGAAAAUGAAUCGUUUUAAACAAUUGUAUCCAAUGUUUCAAGUUAACCAGAAUAAAGCACAUUGGUAUUUAUAUAUUUUUCAACGGGGACCUGUAGCAACAAACAUUCGUAUUAUAGACGUGUCAAAUAGGUAAUUUUUAAACUUGCAUAUUCAGACCACGAUACCAACACAAAAUGGCGUAAUCUUCAAGCACUCCAAGAGGGUCUUUAAAAUAUGCCUAACAGCAGUAGCAUUAUUUGGUGAAUAUUCCUCCAACAUCACAGGGCAACAGUUGGAACAGAAAUGUUUAUGUUGGGAACAGUUUUUAACGCAACUAUACAGCUGCUUAAGCAAUGGAAUGGCACCAAACUUUCCAGAAUAUUUAUGAAGGAACACAUUUUUCGACUGAAGCAGCAAUUGUGUAAGUUGUAUAUGAGCAGUCGUGUUGUACAAAUGGCAUAACCAUUCUAAUAGACAGCGGGCCGUGCAGCAGCAGCAGUCUAUUUUCAGAAGCCUUGUCUGGCAUCAGAUUCGCCCGAUCUGCUUCAGGCUUUUUCACGCAUAUUGGGGUUUCGUGAUUAUGGGGAACCUAUGUUUGACCCCACACACAGGGUGUGUCAUGGUCUAAUCUUGCAACUGCAGGUUGUAUAUUAUUGUCUGGAACCUGGCAUAUUCAUUGUUAUUGGUAUAUGUCCGAUUAACUAAACGACAUUUUUUAUGAGGACUACAAUAUAUCAGGAUCACACACAAUCUUCACCAAGCCCCACUAGGACUGACGAAGCCUGAAGGAUAUCGGGGAAUAUGAUGCCAGACAAGGCUUUGAUGAAUGUUGAACUUCCUUCGCACCGUACAUAGCCAGCAGAUUGCUGCUGUGAACAGUCUACUGAUGUUGCUGUGCAUGCUGAAUGAUGCUGCUGUUGUGCUGCUGCUACAUCUUUGCUGCUGCUGCUGCUACUACACAAGCCGCCUGGCCUACAGCAAGCCGUUAGUACAGAGUCGCAAUGAAUAAGCUUUACGGCUGUACUCACUGGUAACAUUCACAGUCCUGUUACAUUCCCAUUCCUAAUUCGCCCACCUUUGUGGUCUACGGAGAAUGGAUGCAAGGACGGGCGACUUAAGCAACAAAUGUUGACGAGUCUCUCACACACACACAGCCAUACUCGAAUAAAGUUUUCAAAUGAA